AUGGCAGACAAAGACACUGUAGAGAAGUUCCUUGACAACAACCCACAGGUCGCUAAGGAGUACUUUGAGAAGAAGGUCAAGGCAGAAAUGAUCACUGCUGCCUUCAACAACCAGGUCCAGGUCAAAGAACCAAGCUCUUACAAGGAUGUCUCCACCAUCCAGGAGGCUGAGUUCAUAUUCGAGCUCUUAAAGGAGAUGCAGAGCACCAACCCGAUGGAAAAAGCCCUUCACAAAGUUCUACAGAGGAUUGCUCUACUGAUCCAGGCUGAUCGUGUUAGCUACUUUGGCUACAGGGCUCGUAAUGGAGUACCUGAGCUGUCCACCAUCCUCUUCGAUGUGACGCACAAUUCUCCAUACGAGAGAAAUUUUGUGAACCCAAAUUUAGAGAUUGUUUUUCCCACCGACAUGGGGAUUGUCGGCUGGACGGCACAGUCCAAGAAGCCGCAGAAUAUUGCUGAUGUUAAGAAGGACUCUCAUUUCAGUGACUUUGUGGAUAAACAAACCAAAUACACCACCAAAUGCAUGCUGACCACGCCAAUUAUGUAUGGAAAGGAACCCAUUGGUGUGGUCAUGGCGCUCAACAAACAAGGUGCAGACCAAUUUUCAAAGAGUGACCAGGAGCUCUUCAAUAAAUACAUGACCUUUGCUUCUGUGGUCACUCUCCAAGCCCACACUGCUAUGAUGUGGGAUGUCGAAUCCAGGAGAAGCCAGGUUCUGCUGUGGUCAGCCAGCAAAGUUUUUGAAGAGUUGACAGAUAUUGAGAGGCAGUUUCACAAAGCUUUAUACACAGUGAGGACUUACAUCAAGUGUGAGAGAUACUCAGUGGGGCUCCUGGACAUGACCAAAGAAAAGGAAUUCUUUGACGAGUGGACAAUCAAACUAGGCGAACAGGAGCCGUACAAAGGCCCCAAGACACCUGACGGCAGAGAAAUCAACUUCUACAAGAUUAUUGACUACUUGCUUGAAGACAAAGAGGAGAUCAAAGUUAUCCCCGGCCCCCCUGCUGAUCACUGGGCUCUGGUCAGCGGUCUCCCAUCAUAUGUAGCUGAGAAUGGAUUUAUCUGCAAUAUGAUGAAUGCUGCGGGAGACGACUACUUCCAGUUCCAGAAAGAAGCAGUGGAUGAGUCCGGAUGGGUGAUUAAGAACGUCCUGUCGCUCCCUAUCGUCAACAAGAAGGAGGAAAUUGUUGGUGUUGCCACUUUCUUCAACAGACACGACGGCAAACCAUUCGAUGAGAAUGAUGAACAAAUCACAGAAGCUCUGACCCAGUUUCUCGGCUGGUCCACUCUGAACAGCGACACGUACGACAAACUGAACAGGACAGAGUGGAGUAAAGAAAUUGCUCAGGAAGUACUCAUGUACCAGACAAAGGCCACGCCGAAUGACGUGCAGACCAUCCUGAAAACUCAAGAGAAGUUUGGCUCUGCACCAGAAGACUGUGACCAGAAGGAGAUGUACAAACUGCUGAGAGCCAGCAUCCCUGAAGCCAAGACCGUGGAGCUGAUCGAGUUCCGCUUCAGCGACUUCCCCUUGUCAGAGUUGGAGCUCAUCAAGUGUGGCAUCCGCUGCUUCUUCGAGCUGGGGGUGGUGGAGAAGUUUAAAGUCCCAGCUGAGAUCCUGACACGAUGGAUGUACACCGUUCGUAAAGGAUACCGUGACAUCACCUACCACAACUGGAGGCAUGGCUUCAAUGUUGGACAAACCAUGUUCACCCUGCUGCUUACAGGUAAACUGAAGAGGUAUUACUCUGAUCUUGAGGCCUUUGCCAUGGUGGCCGCUGGAUUCUGCCAUGAUAUUGACCACAGAGGAACCAACAAUCUCUACCAGACAAAGAGUUUAUCUCCUCUGGCAAAACUGCACAGCUCCUCAAUUAUGGAGCGUCACCAUCUCGAGUACAGUAAGACUCUGAUGGAGAAUGAGGACCUGAAUAUCUUCCAAAACCUUCAGAAGCGUCAGUUUGAGACCGUGCAGCAUCUGUUUGAAGUUUGCAUCAUCGCCACCGAUCUCGCCCUCUACUUCAAGAAGAGAACGAUGUUCCAAAAAAUUGUGGAAAGUGUUGAAGGGAUUCCAGAAGAGAAAGAGAAAAUCAGCUUCAUCGCGAACAAUGCAACUAGGAAGGAAAUUAUCAUGGCAAUGAUGAUGACGGCUUGUGAUCUGUCGGCCAUUACAAAACCGUGGGAGGUUCAGAGCAAGGUCGCUCUGAUGGUGGCAGCUGAAUUUUGGGAGCAAGGAGACCUGGAGAGGACAGUCCUGGACCAGCAGCCUAUUCCAAUGAUGGACAGGAAUCACGCUGCUGAGCUGCCUAAGAUGCAGUGUGGUUUCAUUGACUUUGUCUGCUCCUUUGUAUACAAGGAGUUUUCUCGCUUCCACACAGAGAUCACCCCCAUGUUCGACGGGCUAAACAUCAACAGGGGAGAGUGGAAAGCUCUCGCAGACGUCCAUGCGGCCAAGAUGCAGGCUAUCGAAGACGAGAAAAAAAAGCUGGAAGGUGGAGGCGAAACAGAAGGGAAAUCAAAGACAUGUGUUGUUUGCUAA